UCUUGCUCGAUUGGAUGGUUUCGGAUCACGCCUUCCUCUUAUGCUGCAUGGGACAGGCGUAUGCCUUCCCAGAGACCUUGUCAAGAUGUUGAGGGAAUCGGAUAUAGAUUCCUUGCAUGACCACCUCGCAUCCUUGUCUGUGGAGAACAAAAAGCACAAUGACAAUCUUCAGAACCUGCUCAGCCAGUUCCAAAGCCUUCUGUCAGACUACAGCUCUCUGAAAAGCGACUACGAGGAAGUGAAAGAGGGCCGGGAGAAGUACAAACGACAGGCUCGUGGUCAGGAGCGGAACCCAUUUGUACUGGUUCUCGUUGAUGGAGAUGGCUACCUUUUCAAGGAGCGCUUUCUCAAGGCCGGCAGCGAGGGCGGAAUCGAUGCGGCCCGCGAGCUGAGCGAUUCCGUGAAAGAGCUAAUGCACUCCACUAUGGGACUGCAAGCAGAGAACUGCCGUGUCAUGGUCCGUGUUUACGCCAAUAUGCUGGGACUGUCAAAGGUCCUUGCCCGCGCUGGCAUGGUAGGCCACGAGGCUCGCUCCCUCUCACCCUUCGCCUCGGGCUUCAACCGCGCAGAGGGUCUGUUCGAUUUUGUUGAUGCCGCCGACAAGAGAGAAGGCAGUGAUUUCAAGAUCAGAGAGAUGUUUCGCCUAUUUGUGGAUCUCAAUCAAUGUCGGCAUAUCUACUUUGCCGGAUGUCAUGACACGGGCUUUGGCUUCCUACUGACCCCUCAUCGGGGCAGUGACAAAAUCACUCUUAUCAAAGCCGCCUCUUUCCACCGCGAAUUCGAAGGGUUUGAUCUACCGAUCAAGGAGCUGCCAUCGGUAUUCAUGUCUACCCCCCUAACUACUACAAAACCAAUCGGCCCCCUCAGCACAAAGGCUAUUAAUACCAUGAAUACCACCCCUGGCACCAAUGGCACCAACGGAAUCAAUGGCACAAAUGGGUGCAGCACUAAGCCAGUGUGCAAGCAUUUCCAAAAGGGAAUUUGCAAGUACGGUAACGGUUGCAUCAAGCAACAUAUUAUGCCAAAUCAGCAGCUGUCUAAGCCAACGGAUGAAUCUCCUAAGAAACUAUGGUCUACUCCAGCCAUUGUCGGUCGCCCACUGGAGCUCUUCGCCACCACCUUGCCGAGCAAGGCUGAAGCCGAGGACUAUAUUCCUGUCAAUAAGGAUGGGGAUCGCCUCGAUGCAUACUGCCCUCACCCGUCCGCGGAUGCUAUGGACCGUUACCACCGCCGUGCCAAGGAAGCCAAGGUCUGCAACAGCUAUCAUCUGUCGGGAGAGUGUGGUGAUAUGAGCUGUCCGUAUGACCACAGUGAUGUAUCUGACACCAUCAUCGAGGUACUCAGGUACCUCUCUCUCCAGCACCCCUGCCCCAAAGGCGGUGCUUGCCGAUCCAUCAAGUGUUACUUGGGCCAUAUUUGCCAGAAGCCCAACUGUAAGGCCGUCAAGAGCUGGCAGUGCCGCUUUAACCACCGCGCGCACACCCUCGAUCUCAAUACCGACAAAUAUAUUACACCGAUCGAACAAAACGAUGACGAGAACUCGCUGUCGCCGUCGGUCAGCGACGAGUCAAUCGGAGGCACGUCCUCUCGGGACACCCUCUACCUCUAA